AUGCCCCCGCGCUCGCCAGCAUCGCCCGGCCUCAGCGCCCAGCCCUCGUCUUCUCUACACACCCUUGUCAUGAACGUUCGUGCCUUGGACUCGGAGGGGCACAAUGCACCCUCGUCCUCUACGGCGACCGACGACACUGCACUCACUCGCGAGCUGCAAGCACGCGUCAGCCGAUUGACAGACUCGGACGUCUUCUCCCCGCGGGAUGCUGUCCUUGUCCGUAGGCUCGCAUCGUUGAUUGGACAUUUCCACCACCUCGCCGCGACGCAGCCAUCAAGUACCACACCUACGUUGACGCGCGUUGCCUCUUGGGGGCACGGUGCGCCAUCCAGCGCUCCUGCAGACCCAAUCGCCGCUCUGGGUCGCGAAUUAAGUGAUCUGCGGCUUGCCAGAGAUGCCAGCGCCUCGACAUCGCGCGUGGUAUCUCCCGUACAGCAGGUUGAGGACACACUAUUAUGGGCCCAAGUAGACGAAGAACUCGAAGAAGUGCUGUCACUAUGUCGCUCGAGAACCGCUCUUCCACCGGGAGAGCAGCCACCCGACUACGAAGCUGCGUGGUACGAUGUCGACAUGGAAGGCGAAGGUCUUCCGCAGUACGAAGCAGGGGCGUCCGCAUUACGGGAACCAUUACAAAAGGCGGCGGGCACUUCCAAAGCCUCCCUCGCAGCCAUGGAUACGGCGAGCAUCCUCGAGCGCGGGAGCUCCGCAGCGCUCAACGAGAAGAUGCGCAUGGACCUCGAGGCGGUCACCCUCGCAAUCGACCGAUUGUACCUCGUCGCGCCGCAGCUGCAUGACCAGCGCGUGGAGCUGAAGAAGAGCAAGGUGGAGGAGAUGGAAAAGGCGAGUCGCGGCGGGGCAUCGGCGCGCAAGGGGAAGCAGCGCGCCAAGGAGCCUAGCGAUGCACAGGAGCUUGAGAGAAUGGUGGACCUUAUCGGGAGGGCAUCCGAGCGCAAGAUCCCAAACCAGUCGGUCGUGCUGGAGGGCGGGUUGCAGAUGAGGCUCGAGCGGGCGAGACAGCGAGAUGUGGAGAAGCGAGACGCAUUCGUCGAACACCUCCUCAAGCAUGCUGAUGAAGGCAGACUGCAUUCACAAGAUGCCGUGCUGACACCGCCCGGGAGCACACCGAGGAUGAAGGGUAAAGAUCCUGAAGCACUCCUGUCACUGCCCGAGUUCAUGCGCGAGGCUAUCCCUGAGCCUGUCCAACUAAAGAUGCAGAUGGAGAACCCGACUGCGCUGCUUACCCUACCUGAGUUUGUCAAGGAGCCGAUACCGAACGGGUUGGACCCCUCACCACCGCCUGCACCUCCGAGGCGAAAGAACUCGCUGAGCAAGAGUGUGCGGAGUAGGAGUAUGUCUGCACCACCACUGGCGUGGCUGCUGUCUUCGUCGAGGUCGUCAUCGCCUACGACCACCUCGCCCACAGAGUCGAAGAAGUCGAGAGCGUCCAGGAUGCGGAGGGUCGGGUCCUCGGUUGCGAUCGUGCCUGCGUUGCAGGAAAAUCUCCAAGUCACGUACGUCGCGGAGUACCACGAGAGCCUGCAGCAUGUGCUGGUUUUUUUGAGCGUAGCGGGUCUCACUCCUGGCGUGAACCUGGAAGCAGAGGUCGUGCCUGCAGCCCAAGUCCCAGGGAAGGCGGGCGAGGGGUACGAGUAUCUCCUGCUCAAAUGCGGGCUUAGCACGUCACCGUUCCUCCGGCUUCCCGCACGGGUCGCUCCGGGCAAGAAGGACGUGCAACCCGCAGGUCAGCACUUCCAGGUCAAACUCUCCGUUUCGAGCGGACCUACGAAUGGUGCCUCGACGUCCGUGCACAGCGCGCUGAUGGAUGCAUCGCGCCUCUCCACAAUGCGCCCGACGGGUUACGUCUGCGCGUCGUGCUCGCUCCCGCUCGUGCACGCAUCCCAGGUGCAGGAUUAUCGCGACCUGCCCUCUGAGCACUGGGCGGAGCUCGUGGACGCGUGGAUGUGCCAUUCGGACCAAAAGCUCCAUGAGCAAGUCACGAAGCACUCGACAGAGGGCUUCUGGCCGACUGAGGGACAUGCGCUGGUCGGCGGAAGCUAUAUCCUGUUUGAGCAAUCGGCGAUGUAUUCGCAUAACCUAUAUUCUGUCGAUCCCGUGGACGACACUAAGCAUGGUGAUGAUUGGGUGCGGGUACGCUGCAUAUGCGGAUCUCUCGUUGGACGUCGCAGGGAGCACCAACCUGUUGGUGGGGCGCCCUACAUGGCAUAUAGGCUAGCCAAGUACGCUAUCCGGCCACUCAGCCCAUCGCAAGAACCUCUUAGGAUACCACUGUCAGCAUUUGUCGCAGAGGACAUGAACGAGUUCGUACAUGCCCACGCGACGUAUCGAUUCGUCAUCCUUGACGAGGAAGAGGAGCGGCCGCGAUUGCUGGUCUGGCUCUUCAAGCCGAGCAUGCGCAUGGCGUAUGCGACACCCACGGAGUACGUCAUGCCCAAGAACGCAACGAUCCAUGCAGCGAAGGUCCUUUUCAACAUCCUUAGGCCGUCUGCGGUGUACUCCGAUCUACAAUCUGUUUUGAAUAAGUACCCGGGCUUCCCGCAGGCGGAGCACCUGUACUAUCCGCGCGAUAUCUGCAGGCGGCUCGCGGGCGUGCUCAAGGAAAGCAACACAGCGUACCCAGAAGGCAUGCGCACCAUGACCGGCCUGGAUGUCGGUUGGUUGCAGCGUGCAUAG